AUGUCGUCUACGGGCUUUGCGUCGUCCUUCUGGUCCAGCGACUAUGCAGGAGGACUCGGCGUGCUCUUCGGAAAGCUCCAGCAGGGGGUGCAGGAGAACCAGCAGAUCCUCACCGUGGCUCGCAUGCGAGCUGACGCCGAAGAGGUCUACGGAAACACACUUUCAGGCAUUUCACCGGCAACCGAUCGCAUAGCAGGAGGCUUCAACCGAGAUGAGGGCGCAAGUGUGCGCAAGGCAUACGAAGGCGUGCGCACGGAAAUGGAGGCGGCUGCGUCCAGCCACAAGAAGAUUGCAUCCAAUAUUCGCGAGCUGGUCGUAAACCCGUUUGGACGCUGGUGUGAAGCGCAUGCGGCCCGUGUGCAAAAUUCACAGGAUGAUCUGCAAUCGCGCAUCAAAAUCCACGAUCGUCAGGCUGAAGCGGUUCGCAAGUUCCGUUCGCAGUACUACAACAAGUGCCGCCUAGUCGAGGACCUAGAAGAAGAGGAUAAGCUGGCAUUUCAAGACCCGCAGAGCGAAGCGGCAAACAGCCCCAAGAUGAAGGUCCCAACCAUCAAAAUGUCCGAGCCAGAGAACGACGAGGAGGAGCCAAUUGAUCUUGGUGACGAGACAUACCAGCCCGACCAGGUCAAGAAGAUUCUCACGCACAUGAUGGAAAAUAUCAAGAUGUCAGAGGUCAAGGUGCCCAUUCUCGGAACGUACCAAAAUUGUUCUACAGGAUCCGACAUUACCGAAUACAUCCAAAAGCACAUGGCGGCGACCACCGUGAGCUACGCGGAACGAAUUGGUCAAGACUUGGUUUCCCACGGCUUUUUGCGCUUGGUGGGCAAUGUUGGCAGCACAUUUGCAAAUAGUUCACGCAUGAGUUAUCAGUGGAAAACCAAGGCUUUUCAAAUCACCGGACUGCCUGAAAAGAAACAACCUCUAGCCCGCUCAUCUACAACCAUGUCAACAUCGUCCGCCGACAAUAUCGUUGUUGACUCUCCCGUGAGUACUGUGCAGGAAUAUCUCCAAGGAUGGAACCCACUCAACAAUCAGUAUCCCAAUGAGACGCCUGCAGACAGGCUUCGACGAGAGGCCCGUGAGUCCGAUGAGCGCUACAAAGCAGCCGUGAAGAAACUUGAUUCGCUGCGCUGCAAUCUGGAAGAGGCCAUGGUGGAUCAUCUCAAGUUCAUGGAGCGCUGUGAGUUGGACAGGCUAAAGGCUAUCAAGGCUGUUAUCCUGGACUUUUCUGGCGCCGUGAGCAAUGUGAUCCCCAGUUUACAGAGCACGGUCGACAAGAUGAUGUUGUUCCAAGAGACUGUGCAACCCAUCGGAGACCUUCGAUACAUGCUUGAGAACUACAGAACAGGGCCUUUUGUGCCUAGGGUCACGACUUAUGAGAACUACUACAAUUCAGUGGAUGAGCAAACUUUCGGUGUAGAUCUUGAGGCUCGCGCCCGCUCAGAUAAGAAGCGAGUGCCUGUGAUCAUAACGACGAUUCUUACAUUCUUGGACAACCAUUAUCCUGACUUGGAGGGCGACGAAGCUCGUCGAGGCAUCUGGCUUGUCGAUGUGCCGCUUGCACAGACGCACACUCUCAGGGCGGAGAUCAACACUGGAAAGAGAUUCCCCGACGAGAUUCUGGAGAAGUACGACAUACCUAUUGUUGCUAGUGUCCUGAAGCUUUACCUCCUGGAGCUACCUGAUUCACUCGUUUCAUCCCACGUUUACGAAAUCGUCAAGACUAUCUACAGCACAACGGCAACCGAUGUGUCUGAGGAAACGCGUGUUUCGGUAAUUCAAUCUACGCUGGGGCAGUUGCGUCUGGCCAACAUUGCGACUCUCGAUGCCAUUUGCACGCACUUCACUCGUCUCAUUGAGCUGACCUCCGCCGACGAAACCUAUGUGGCAGCUCUGGCCAAUGUUCUCGCCCCUUGCAUUUUACGUCCAAGGCAAGAGUCGAGCCUAACGAUGAAUGAGCGGUACAGCUACCGUCUCGUGCGCGAUUUGUUUGCGCACAAGGACGCAAUAUUUGGAGAAUUGAAACGUGCCAGCACCCUGACGCACUCGGCAUCCGGAGCUCAGCGCCCACGAGCCAUCUCCACAGAUGAGAGCAACCGUCGGGCAAACAUGGAGGAGCGUCAGAGAGCCAUUGCAUCACAACGCUCACCUCGAGCCACAUCGCCGGUGCCAGGCUCUCGUGUUGCUGGCUCUCACCGCCGUGACCGAAGUCAAACACGCUUCCCUGUAAACACAUCAUCGCCCACGGAGACGAGGAGGGGUGGUGGCAAUCGCGGGUCACUCGAGGUGCCUGGAAGCGAGGACAGCUCUACAACUGAUGGAGUCAACGAGCUGACGAACGGUACAGCAGAAUCUGCUCCUGCAGAACACCCUGCUCCAUCAAGCACGCGAGUUCCCUUACCUCGUAAGCAUACCGGUAGCUUGACGAGAGGCAACCGGGAUUCGACGGGCAGCUUGAGAAGUGUGGAUGAUGCUGCACCCAGAGGCGUGACAUUGGAGGACAAGCCCAUGGAUGACUAG